UUGGCUUGAAAAAUAUGGCUGUAAAAUAACCCAAAGCCUUUGUUUGAAAUUUAAUGUUUUCAAACUGAAAUGUAAUGAAAUACACCUCUACGUAUGUAAAAGGGUUAUUAAGGAAGCAGUUUAAAAAAUGUUUAGGAUGCUGUGUCGAUAGAAUAAUCUAAAUCAGCAGGAAAAGUGCCCUAGUGUUCCAGUGAUAUGACAGUCAGGACGGAAGGGUGAUAUAUUGUGGAGUCGUGUUAUGGUCCCCUUAAGGGUGCAAUCGUGGCAAACGGAAGCAGAGAAAGAGUAUCUGGAUCCGAUGGUGGGUAUUUGAGAAUGUCUAGUGUUGUGGCCGCCAAUUCCUUCAAGAUGCCCAUGUCGCGGACUCAGCUAUUUCCCUCUCAUACACAGUACAUCCAAGAAGGUGGCGGAGGUAAUUUACCCCCUUUAAAGCAAGGGCCCGCCAAAGAACAGAGCCCCCCAACAGCCUCAACGGCCAGUUCGGCAAAUUCAGCCAUUCUUCCAGAGUUAAAUGUGUCGAGUUUAGGCCUACAGUGUCUUGGUAGAAGCAACAUUUCAACUCCGCUAAAGUCUUCGCAAACAAGUCUUGUAAGUCUCACUGGCAGCGAGUGCAAACCUCGUACUAUGGUAACUACUCCUGAUCAAGUAAUGAAACUUUAUAUAAAUAAAUUGACUCCAUAUGAGCAUCAUGAAAUUUUCAACUAUCCACAAAUUUACUUUAUUGGUGCUAACGCUAAAAAACGCCCAGGUAUAAUAGGAAACCCUAAUAAUUGUGACUAUGAUAAUGACCAAGGAUCUUAUAUUCACAUUCCACAUGAUCAUGUGGCCUAUAGGUAUGAAGUACUCAAAGUAAUAGGUAAAGGGUCAUUUGGCCAGGUAGUAAAAGCAUAUGAUCAUGCAAAUCAUAUGCAUGUAGCACUAAAAAUGGUUCGUAAUGAGAAAAGAUUUCAUCGCCAAGCUCAAGAAGAAGUGAGAAUUCUGGAACACCUACGUAAACAAGAUAAGGACAACACUAUGAAUAUAAUUCACAUGCUAGACUCUUUUACUUUUCGAAAUCACAUGUGCAUCACUUUUGAACUGCUCUCCAUAAACCUUUAUGAACUGAUCAAAAAGAACAAAUUUCAAGGCUUUAGUUUACAACUUGUCAGAAAGUUCUGUCAUUCGUUGUUGUUAUGCCUAGAUGCCUUAAACAGAAACAAAAUUAUUCAUUGCGAUAUGAAACCAGAAAAUGUACUUUUAAAGCAACAGGGCCGGAGUGGCUUGAAAGUGAUAGAUUUUGGAUCAUCAUGUUAUGAACAAAACAGAGUGUACACAUAUAUACAGUCCAGAUUUUAUAGGGCACCGGAAGUUAUAUUAGGUGCUAGAUAUGGUAUGCCCAUUGAUAUGUGGUCAUUAGGUUGCAUUUUGGCUGAACUAUUAACUGGUUUUCCUUUACUGCCUGGUGAAGACGAAGGAGACCAACUAGCUUGCAUUAUGGAAUUGUUGGGAAUGCCUCCUCAGAAACUUUUGGACCAAUCAAAACGAGCCAAAAAUUUUAUCAACUCCAAAGGAUUUCCAAGAUACUGCCAUUGUUCAACAUUAAGCGACGGAACACUUCUUAUGGCAGCUGGUAUAAGUCGGAGGGGAAAAUUAAGGGGCCCACCGGGAAGUAUGGACCUUAAAAGAGCACUAAAAGGCUGUGAUGAUCCUUUGUUUUUGGAUUUUAUUCAGCGUUGUCUUGAAUGGGAUCCUGAAGCAAGGAUGACGCCUGUUCAAGCUCUGAGGCAUGCAUGGCUUAGGAGAAGAUUACCUAGACCUCCUGGUGAAAAAAGCGAUCAAAGUAGCGCAGGGAUAUCCAGAACCGGAUCGACGGGUGGUCCGAGAACACCUAAAGCCCAACCGCAACAGCAGAGUUCUUUUGGCUCUUGCAAAGUAAAAUUUUAUGCAUUUAACGAAACGAAGGGUAAAGUAUGCCAAUGAUUUUCUUAUUUAAAAAUGGCCGGCGUAUAGUACAGAUGGAGUUGUACCAUUGGAUUAUUUUUAUUAUGCCAAGUUUAUUUUUAAUUCGAUUUUCUAAAUAUCCGAUUCUAUAAUUAGAAUUUAUAUUUGUAAUUUUUUUUCUUUGUUUUCACGUACUAGUUAGGUAGGGUAAGCAGAAAAAUAAAAUAUAUAUAUAAAUUUAUAUUCUGUGUCUUAUGAAGGGUGUUCACGCACUUUUCAUGUAAUAAUGUUUGAGCGUUCUAUCAUUUUAUCACUAAUUUCAUCAUAUUUAUUUCAUAUUCAUUUUAAUUUAAAGGAAAGGUUGUGCAAUAGAUCUGUGUUUUUGUUUGAUGUCUCGAAGGAAUACAAGUGGUAUUUUCAUUAAAAUUUAAUGGAAUUUAAUGCAUUUGAUAAAGUUUAUUAGACGGUAUUACUUGCCCUGUAAAUACAAUAUACUGAAUGUCAACUUAUAUUUCAUGAAAGCUAGCAGCUGUCAAAUAGUUCAAUAUUAUAGCUAGAUGCAGGGAAGAGUCUCUCGUAUUAAGAUACUUGUAAUAUAGAAGAAAACUCAAUAGCAAGGAGUUUAAGGGGUGGUAGAUCUGAUCAAAAGAUUAACAUCUUUUCUAUUUACCAUUUUUAAAAUAAAUCGAAAAUAGCCGAGAUAUUUAACUUUUAAAAAAAUAAUGCUAACAUUUUGACAACCGCUGACAACAAUUGGAUAUCAACAUUAGCAAUUACCCCAAUCUCUGCUUCUUCGACGCCCUGUGUACCCACAUCGACAGAAAGCAAGUAAAUUCCUGAAUACUACUACUACUAUUUUUUUAAGAGCAUAUUCGCCAGUAUCGCCAGUAUACUGGGUAUUAUCCCACAAAAUAAAUUAGAAGAAACACCUUACCUAGCAUUAAAAUAGUGGUGGCAAAACUCCUAUGGCAGGCUGAUGUAACGCUCAGCCACAGCCUAUACAAUAAUUAGUGUUGUUCUUGAAAAUUUAAAAAAAAAUCAACAUUUUUUUUUUCGGUAAGAAACCUCAUGGGCGUGUUUCUGGAGUCAAACUAUACUAUCAGUUAAAAUACUUGCACUCACUCUGUGACACCCUGUAUAUUAGUUAUUUUUUAAACCAAUUAUCUAAUACUGAAUUAUUGAAAUUAUGUUAUUAUAUAUAAGGGUGAGUCUUAAAUAAGUGCAAAUAUUUUUAGGAGUAGUAUAUUUCAACCUCAGAAAACACGUCUAUAAGAUUUUUUACGCGAAAAAAAAAUUGAUAAUUAUAAAUGUUUUGAAAAAGAUUUUAUAAAAAAUUUUAAUUAUAAGUUAAAAAUUAUAUCUUCGUAAUAUGGCAACGUAGGUAGUAGAUAAAUUUAAAAGAAGACAAAAACAGAAAUGAUACAGUGGUUUUCAAUAUUUAACCAAAAAAGUAAAUUUUUCCUGAAAUUUUCAAAAUAAAAGUUAUUUGAAAAACGGUAAAGAGAAAACUGUUACUUUUAUCGAGAUCUACCAGCCCUGAAAAUAUUUGCACUUAUUUAAGACUAACCCUGUAUAUCUUAAAAUGUUUCCUUUCCCUGCAAUAUUGGGCAAUAUUAGAAUCUUAAUUCGACUUCGCAAUCAACUGAUUACAAGUAAAAGCAGACUUUGUGAUAGCAAUCCGAUAUAAAAUAAAACACCACUUUUGUCAACUUGGGGCAUUUUAAUUUACCUAUUUGGUUUUAUUUUUUUCGUGAUUUUUAAUAUGCUAACCAAAUAUCAAAUUCUAGUUCUUAUUAAAACGAUAGAAAAGAAUAUUAUAACAUAUAUGUACUUGCUCAAAAUGACUAAAUUACUAAACAUGAGAUUUUCUUGAUGUAGUUGGUCAGUAAAUUGUUUGUCAUGGUUAUAUUUAACCGUUGAGUGGGUAUUGUUUUAAUUUUUUGGACCUGUAUUAAUGCUACCCCACAGUAGCAAGAUUUUGUGAUAACUUUUUCGUUAUUUUUUUGUUUCUAUUUGUAUACAGGGGCCUUUGUAAAAGUCACUUGUCGCAUUGAUCCUGUAUUGGUUUUUGUCAAUCUCAUGUACAUAUUCGUAGUAUAAGUGUGUACAAGGUGUCUUAGAACAAAACAAGAUAGUUGUAGUUGUACGCUACCUUUUUUAUCGCCCUGUAUAAGAGUUCUUAUCCUUUCUUGUCGUUUCAGUUAUACAGUAAGUGGUGCAAAUUUUCGCACUGGCUUCGUUUAUCUUAGUAAAAUGUAAAUGUGUAUCAUAGGAAACUAUAUUUUGCUUUAAAAGCAUUUUGCAUUAUUGUAUAUAUUAGCUACCUUUUUCUAAAACGAAGUGGUUGAACAAAUUUGUCGUACUUACUAAAUAACCGUGUUUUAUGCAACGAUGGUUGGCCUGAACAAAGUUUUAUUGAAAAUAAUGGAUGUAAUAUUUACAUAAGUUUCAGAGAUUGUGUUCGUUAUAUCAUUGCCAUUAAUGUUUUUGUUUUUGACAGAUACAUGCUUUAAAAACAAUAAUAUUACGGGAAAAUGGAAAUAGUAGUAGCCUGUUAUUAGUGUCAGCAAAGUGUCAUUAUCAAAUAAAUACGUGUAUAGAAAAUAGUGGUAAAUAUUUAAAAUGAAUUUAUUAAAUUACAAAUAGACGUCCCGAGAGCUAUAAGUAUAUAACAGAAACUUAGUAAAUAAACUGUAGUGAUAAUAAAAUAUACUUUGCUUUAUUUAUCAUUCUUAUAAAAGUAUGUUUAUCCUGUCGUACUUAUAUCUUAUUUGUUUAUACAGGGUGGAUAUAAAUUUUUCUCCUUUGGCGAUUCAAUUUAAUAUCAAAUGUUUUGCUCUACCUUAUUAUUUUAUUAUUUUUUAUACAAAAAUAUCAUGAAAUUCGUAUGUAUACACCAUGGUAUUUGAGUAUAAUUAUGUGUCUAUUACUAAUUAAUAUCUUAUCCGCUUUUUUCUUCUGGCUGUGUAAGUAGAGUGCCUAACAACGCAAUUAAUCAAUGUUCUAAGUUGCCCAAUUGUAAUUAUUAAUAAAUUUCAUUAUGUAAAUAUAUGUUUAGGGAAUAAUUAAAUUACAGUUGAUAUAAUUAAGCUCGCGGCACUCGUAAUUUUUUGGCUUUACAUUUCAAACAUUGCAUCUCUGUGGUCUAGGAUAAAUUCGUGUACAUGUGUUUUAUUUUUCAUUAGUUUGAGGUUUGCAAAUAGCCCGCUGUUUUUUCAUGUAUUUUUUACACGAGAAAGACUUCCUUAACUGCUUUCAUAUGAUCAGGUUUUGCUUAAAAAAUAUGGAGUACAUAAAACACUGUGGGUUAUUUAGUACCUUGGCAUUGUUUUUUAUUAGAUUGUAAGUUAUUGACUGAAGUAGUGUAUUUCCUUUGCGCACAUAUUUUGUAAAACUUCCUUUCCUAAUUUUAGAUACAAUAUCACAAAGACCUUCACAUUUGAUAAGGAUUGUGACCAAAUAAUCACAAGUAUAUGCACUGAUUUUUUUUGUAUUUUUACAUUUGGGUUUUAGUGUUCAUUAUUUUUACCUGUGUAUAUUUUGACUAUUUGAAAUAUUUGUUUUUUUUUAUCAAAUAGUAUACUCAGAAAGAAGUAUCUAUAUCAGUUAUACUUUAACAGUCUUGUAGGUGUUGUCAUAUGUUUUCUUUUGUAUUAAAUUUAAAUACCAAAGGUCUCUAUUUAUAUUCAAGAUGUCUAUAAAAGUCUGCCUCAGUAAUAAAUAAGUACUAUCGACGUUAUACGGUAGUGUAUUUUCCGGUUUAAUUUUUAUUUGUCUCCAUUUGUGCGUUUAGAAAUUUCAAAUAUAUGUACUUAAUUAAAUAAAUUGGGAGGAAAAUUAAAAAAGUUGAGGUGUGAGGCAAGCUUUUAUGAACAUGUUAUAUGACAGACUACAAGGAUCAUUUUAGUAGUUACAACUAUGUUUUACCUAUUAGUUAAUAAUGUUUAGCUUAAUUUCUUUUAGUCAGAGGAGCUAAAGUACAUGCACUAUUGGAAGAGAUGUUUGUCUUUAUUUUUUUUUGUUUACUUUUUUUGGUAGAUGGGAAUACAUGAAGAAUGUCCAAUCGUAUGGUUUAGCUCCAAAUACUGCCGACUGCUGAGAAAGGGCUUGAUCUCUUAUUAUUUCUAAGCUGCGCGUAUUUUUUUUUAAUUUGUAUUUUGUACUAUAAAACAUAUUUUAGUAGUUUACCUAUAAUUUUAAAACAUACAGAAGUCAGCUAGAGUGUCGCUUUGGACGUGGCGAACGAAUAACGAAGCACAUUUUUUAUUCUUAAGUAUUUGAAUGUAUUUUUUUCCUUUCCUGUAUGUAUUAGGUUUGAUUUGACAAAUCUUGGUGGUAAAUCACUGUUGUGUUCAGUUCGAAUGAAAUACAACUUAACCCGCAAGUUUAUAAACUAACUGUUAAAAUCUAGCGAAGAUGUGAUUGUAUUGAAUGUUAAGUCAUGUUUAUAAUAUCAUACUAAUAGGAUUUAAAUACAUCUCUCUUUAUUAA